AUGAGUCACGCGAAGAUUUUUCUUGUACUUUUGCAGGUUGGUGAAUUAUUUAAUUAGUGAAAUAUCGUGUUGUUUUCAGAUUGUUUUAUUGAGCACUUGCUGCUUUGCGCUUCCAGUGUUUUCUGAAGUUCAAAGGUGAGCUGAGGGAGUAAUUAAUUGAAAAUGAAAACAACGAGGAAAUUACACAAACAGCCAGAUCAAAAAUCUUGGCCAGAGAUGAAUGGAUGAUAAUCAGAAAAACUAUUUUGGAAAAUUGUAGAAUGGUGAACCUUGAAAAUUUCGAAAAAUAUCUUUUUUAAACUGACCUGACGAUUUAAAAUGUUUAAAUGAGAAAACAAAAUAAAUGUUGAUUAUAGGGUUAUUCAAUGUUCAAAAAUUUCCGGAGAUUUUUGGAUCUCACGCUUUUGUUAGUCGUAAUUUUUCAAACUUACGUUAGCCUUAUUUCGAUUCGUUGAAACAGCAAAUAAUUUUCAAAAAAUGUUCUAGUUUUAAAAACAGGGUGCACCAAAAACUAGGGAUGGAAAAACGAUCCCCGCUUACAUGACCUGAUACAUUCCUAUAUACCGAACAAUAAACACAUAGUUUCCUAAAUCAAUAAAAUCAAAAUUUUCAGCCAAGACACCAAUCUCCACAGAUUCAAACGUGCUUUCGAUCGAUUUGACUAUAAUGGCUACUUCGGUUUUGUCCAACUUCAAGAUCCACCAGAGUGGGAAAAAUUCCGAGAAAAUCGCUAUCUUUACAAGCGUUCCAUCCCAACUGUAAAUAAUCAAUAA